GUCUAAUCAAAGAGCAAAGAUGCAGAGCACUUCGAAUUACCUCUGGCUGUUGUCUGACAUACUAGGACAGGGAGCUACUGCAAAUGUUUUCCGGGGACGACAUAAGAAAACUGGGGAUUUAUAUGCUGUAAAAGUAUUUAACAGUAUAAGUUUCCUUCGUCCUGUGGAUGUUCAGAUGCGAGAGUUUGAAGUAUUGAAGAAACUAAAUGAUAAGAACAUUGUCAAAUUGUUUGCCAUCGAAGAAGAGACAACAACUAGACACAAAGUACUAGUUAUGGAAUUUUGUCCAUGUGGGAGUUUAUAUACAGUUUUAGAGGAGCCAUCUAAUGCCUUUGGUUUGCCAGAGUCCGAGUUCUUAAUUGUUUUGAGAGAUGUGGUGGCUGGGAUGAAUCAUCUCCGGGAGAAUGGAAUAGUGCACCGUGACAUCAAACCAGGCAAUAUAAUGCGUGUUAUAGGUGAAGAUGGUCAGUCUGUUUACAAACUUACAGACUUUGGUGCUGCAAGAGAACUUGAAGAUGAUGAACAAUUUGUUUCUCUCUAUGGCACAGAAGAAUAUUUACAUCCUGAUAUGUAUGAGCGAGCGGUUUUGAGGAAAGAACAUCAGAAAAAGUAUGGAGCAACAGUUGAUCUGUGGAGCAUAGGGGUGACCUUUUACCAUGCUGCAACAGGGAGUUUGCCUUUCCGACCUUUUGAAGGACCUCGUAGAAACAAGGAAGUGAUGUAUAAAAUAAUCACUGGAAAGCCUUCUGGUGCUAUUUCUGGGAUACAGAAAGCAGAAAACGGACCAAUUGAGUGGAGCUGGGAGAUGCCUGUUUCUUGCAGUCUUUCAAAGGGUCUGCAGGUACUGCUCACACCUGUCCUGGCAAAUAUCCUUGAAGCAGACCAGGAAAAAUGCUGGGGAUUUGACCAGUUCUUUGCUGAGACGAGUGACAUACUGCACCGAGUAAUAAUCCAUGUCUUUUCGCUGCAGCAGAUGACCUUGCACAAAGUUUAUAUUCACAGCUAUAAUACAGCUGCUAUAUUUCAUGAGCUGGUCUACAAACAGACAAAAAUACCAUCUCAGAACCAAGAACUGAUAUAUGAAGGUCGGCGUUUAAUACUAGAGCCUGGCAGAUUGGCACAGCACUUCCCCAGAACAACUGAGGAGAAUCCCAUCUUUGUAGUAAGCAGGGAGGCGCUGAACAUUGUCGGAUUAAUCUAUGAAGAAGUUUUACUUCCUAAAGUACAUCAACGUUAUGAUUUGGAUGGGGAUGCCAGUAUGGCUAAAGCAGUAACAGGAAUCGUAUGUUAUGCCUGCAGAGUUGCUAGUUCUUUGCUACUUUACCAGGAGCUGAUGAGAAAAGGAAUACGAUGGCUAAUUGAAAUAAUCAAGGAUGAUUACAAUGAAAUGGUUCAUAAAAAGACAGAGGUUGUCAUCAGGCUGGAUUGCUGCAGCAGAAACAUUGAGAAGGCUGAGAAAAUAUAUGAGAAUUUGAUGCAGAUCAACCUGGAAGCAUCAGAAGUGGAUGAAAUUUCAGAGAUACACACAAAACUCUUGCGUCUCUCCAGCUCUCAGGGCACAAUAGAAACUAGUCUUCAAGAUGUCAAAACCAAACUUUCUCCUGGUGGUUUACUGGCUGACACCUGGGCAAAUCAGGAGGGCAUGCAUCCGAAAGACAGAAAUCCAGAAAGGCUGCAGGCACUGCUGUGUUCCAUCACAGAUAUUUAUUACCAGUUCAAAAAAGACAAAGCAGAGAGAAGGCUUCCUUACAAUGAAGAACAAAUUCACAAGUUUGACAAGCAGAAGCUGUAUUUGCAUGCUACAAAAGCCAUAGCGCUAUUCAAAGAUGAAUGUGUCAGCAAGUAUGAUGCGUUUUUGGACAAGGCUGAGGACUGGACAAGGAAAAUGCUUCACACAAGGAAGCAGUUACUGGCUCUCACCAACCAGUGUUUUGAUAUUGAAGAAGAGGUAUCCAAAUACCAGGAUUAUAUAAAUGAGUUACAAGAUGCUCUGCCACAGAAAAUGCUUGCAGCUUCCAGUGGGAUGAAACAUAAAAUGAAUACCGUCUAUCCAAGCUCAAACACAUUAGUGGAAAUGACUCUUGGCAUGAAGAAACUAAAGGAGGAAAUGGAAGUGGUUGUUAAAGUGCUGUCUGAGAACAAUCACAUUUUGAAAGGCAAAUUUGGUGCUUUGACUAUGGACGGCGGCCUGCGGAACAUGGACUGCAUCUAG